AUGCCACCGAAAAAGAAAAAGAGUGGAAAGAAAGGAAAGAAGAGUGGGAAGUCCGGGCGUGGUUCACCCUCUAAGUUAUCUGGAGAUAGCGUCAACGAAAUGUCAAAAGAUUUCAUAUUCCUGCAGAUUAGGGAUUUAGAGCACCAGCUAAUGAAAUAUAAAGCUAAAGCAGAGGAACUGGAGGAAAAUCAGAUCAUCCUACAGGAAAAACAUGAUGAAAUGGCCCGAGAAAACGCUGAUAUUGAAAAACUAAAUGUAUCAUUAACAGAACAAGAAAAAGCUCUGAUUAUGGAGGAGAUAAACGGGGUACAGACUACACGAGAGGAGGAGAAAGAAUGGGCUAACGGCCAGAUCAACCAGAUCCGUCAAGACUUUCAGGACACCAAAGAGACGCUCACCUCAGAGAACAGUCUACUCAGUCAACAGCUGAAUGAAUUGGAGGAUUUCAAAUUGAAGAAAGAGGAGCGCAUCGCUAUGGUAGCGGCUAUGGAGGAACACAUGAAACAAAGCGACGAGGACCAGAAAUACAUCAUUGAGAACAUACGACUGAAGGCCAUUGUAGAUAAAGACAGACUGAAAAAAGAAAUGGUAGACCAAGUGAAUCAAAGAGCUGCAGACUUUAGAAAGGUUUCUAAUAAACAAAUGGCAGAUACGACCAAACGAGCAAUCCGGGAGAAUGUGUCAAUACGAGGGGAGAUAAUCCAGACCACAGAUAAAACUGAGGAGUUUAAAGCGGAAAACGACGAGGUUCGCGCGCGCGUAGCAGAACAGGAGGAACGUAUAAAGAUGUUAGAGGAAAGAGAAAAGGAACUAACGAAAAAUAAUAGUAGCAGUGUAAAGAUAAUAAAGAUGCUGAAAGGAAGGAGCCAAAACAUGAAGGAAUUACUGGAGGAAAUGGAGAUGAGGGAUCACGCCUUUCAAGACCUGGACGGAGACCGUGCUAUCUUAGUACCCCAAGUAGAGGCUCAGAGGUUACACAAAGAACAACUCAUCCGUGACAACAAACGUCUACGGGAGGAAAUUCGAGAUGUGAAAGGAAAGUUGAGAAAGGAAAACCGCGAUAUGAUGAAAUUAGGCGAGGUUCUCAGCAGCGCUUCCACCACCAUCAGAGAGGUGUUGACGAAAGACGCUUUUACUGGAACUGUUACUCCUGUAUACGGAAUGGAAGAGGAAGAUAAUGCAUCAGAUCGUAAAAACGCUUUACUUGAAGAGCUUCUUGGUAUGGUGACAAUGGUAACAACUCCAAAGUCUGGCAAAAGAAGCCCGGAUAAAUACAGAAUUCGUAAGAAAAGCGCCAGUGAAAUACCCGGGAAAAAUUCCUUAAAACGAGGUGCACUUCCAGUUUCCCCAAUAGCGAUAGAUGCACGAGGCACACAAUUUCAUUACCAGCCCGGGGACUUGGGUAUGAUUCCACGUCCCGAAAAUCCAAUUCCUACCAGUCUUGAAAAAAUGCGUGUUAAGUCAGCUACGACGAGGUUAGGAGAACUCCGAAAGAUGCUCACAAACUCUGUCGGGGUGCAGACUGUGAGCGCACCGAAGUCAUUGUACUACGCUGACCAGCUCCUUGACAAUAUCACCCCUAGACAAAAACAAUCAUUACUUCACGAGCAGGGACGCGAACAUUCCCGGGAUCAAAUCCGGUCACGUGGUACUCCUAUGGGCAGCAUCGGACCAGCCAGUCCAGCCAAACGAAUGUUAUAUGGAAAAGGCCACAAAGUCACAUGAAAAUCUUUCAAACACAUUUUGAUAACUUAUCUAUUUAGGUGUGCGAGGUUCAAUUAUGUCUCGUCAUGUAAUCCUGUAUUUGAUACAUUGUUAUCGGUGUCUUAGAAUACUUUUGUGUAUCUCAUCGAACCCCCCAUGUUUGUA